CAUGCCUUACAGAGGUGAGCAGCGAAGCAAACACGCGUGCAACUUGCCAGCCCAGACGACCGUGGGGGCACAGCAGGAAAGAGGAUACACACUCUGAGCAGGGGUCCCAGCACUUCCCAGCCCUCCCCCCAACACACACACACGGUCCUUGCCAUGCUGCUGCCCCUGCUGCUCUGCCUCCUGCCCAGCGCCCUGCUGCCCCCCGGCGCCUGCACGAGGGCCCAGAGCUCCCGGUCCAGGAAGUGCAGCCACCUGCAGUACUGGCACCAGCAGGCCCAGGCCUGCGUCCCCUGUGAGACCGGCUACGCACACAAAGUCCCACUGCACGGACUGGAGUUCACCGUGAACUGCGGCAUGAGGGACACAGGCGGCCGCUUCGCAACUCCCACCCAGGAGUGUCCCUCCAAAUCCUUCAACGAUGGGCGAUUCCUGCUGUGCCAAAACUGCUCCCAGUGCCCGCCCGGGGCCGAGCUCAGCUGCUGCACCCGCCUGCAGGACGCCCGGUGCUGCCCCCCCGGGCAGCUGCGGGGGCCGGAUGGGAGGUGCCGGCCCCGGUGCUGCUUCCCCGCCGAGCAGUGUCACCCUGCGGUCCGGGCUGACAUCGACUGCGACAGACCAACGGAGGCUCCCGGCGCCGAGUCUUCUGCCUUCCUCCCGCCGUGCUGGCCUGGGGCCUCCCCCACGUCCCCCACUUGGCUUCCGUCUGCAGAGGGACCGGGGGGCUCUGGCCGCGCCCCAGGCUCUGCUUCGGCCCCCGCCUCUGGGACCCCUGGAGCGCCCGAAUCCUGCAGCGACACGGCAGGCUACGGGGGGUAUGUCGCUCUUCUGACGCUGCUGCUGCUGCUUCUGGUGCUGCUGACUGGGUCCUUCGCCCUCCUUGUCUGGACAAAGCGUGGCUGGUGCCCCCGCCAGGCCUCCAGCUCCAUGGCUAAGCCCAAUCUGCUGCUUUGCCCCCAGAGUGCAGAGGAGACAUCUGGCAUCAAAGCACCCACCACUGGCCAUGCAGGCCAGUGGGGGGCACCACUGCAGCACCUGCUGGAUGACCCGGAUGUGCUGGAGGAGCUGAUCAUGCUGCUGGACCCUGAGGGCAAGGCCGGGGCGGGUACCCGGCACCUGGCUGCCCGCUACGGCCUCUCAGCCACCUGGAUUGACUAUGCCUAUUCCCUGCGCAGCACACGCAGCCCCCUGCGCGCCACCCUGGAGACAGUGGCUGCCCGCCAGCCUGAUGCCACGCUGGGGCAGCUGGCUGGGCUGCUGGCUGCCAUGGGGCGCAAGGAUGCCCUACAGGUGCUGGAGGGGGUGCAGGUGUGAGGUGCAUGCCUGGACUGACAUGCAACCCCCCCCUGCCACCCACAGGAAGGAAACGAGCCAGGACCUUGUUCACGGUGCCCUCCACUCUAGCUGUGCCACCUCAUAUCCCAUCUAUCCUCCUGGGUAGCUGGGUUCUCCACUGCUAGCCUCCCCGGAGGGGUGGGGGGGGGAGUAACACACCAAGAACCAUCAAGGAGUGUAGUUAGAGUGAAGACCAGGACCCCUGGGUUGCCAGGUGGCUGGGGGCAGCUGUUAGAGCAGGCCUGGCCCCCCCACUGGAGGAGGGUUGAGGGGCUGUCCUCCCCCACCUAGUCUCAGAGCCCAUGGUGCAGCCAGUCACAUCAAAGGGCAGCAGGAGGCACCAAAGCCACAUUGGAGACCUUGACACCACCCCCAGCCCAGGAGACAGUGACUGACUGAUGCAGGACAGGAGCAGCUGGUAACUGCCACACUGCAGCAAGCCAUACCAUAAGAACAUAAGAAAGGCCGUACCGGGUCAGACCAAAGGUCCAUCUAGCCCAGUAUCUGUCUACCGACAGUGGCCAAUGCCAGGUGCCCCAGAGGGAGUGAACCUAACAGGCAAUGAUCA